UGUCAUAUGUUUGGCCAUAAACUUCAAAUUUGCCAUUGAACUUUAAAUUAUAUUAAAUAAAUCUAGUCCUAAAUUUCCAUCGAAUAAUGUAAAGUGCUCCAUACUUAAAUUAAAAAGAUUGUGCUGUUAUAAAUUUAAACAUGGAAUUACCAUUCGAAGUAUUAGUUUACCUUUUCAAAUAUCUACCAAAGUCAGACAGAAAAUGUGCAAGUGAGACAUGUCGAUCCUGGUAUUUGGCUGCUAAUGCCUAUUGCUUCUUAAAGAAUAAAGUAGUUGUUUUGUACAAAUCUAUAAACAGUGAUGAGGAUUCAUCUAAUCUGAGCAUCUUUGAGAAUUCAGCUUCUGUUUACACUAACUACUUAUUCAAUGAAGUGGAAAUAUCAAGUAAAUUAAAUGGAUUCUGGGACAGGACAGGAGAAAACAUUAAAAGCUUAACUUUUAAAAAUUGUGACAUGUGUGAAAAGGUGUUUGUGAAUAUUCUACAGAAAUGUCCAAAUUUAGAAUCAUUAAAUAUUGAGAGCUGCAAAGAUCUUUUCAUGUCUGGCCGUCUACUAGAAGGAAAAACCGAUGGCUUGUUGGUAAAUAAUCUAGAAAAUUUAAAGUCAUUAAGCCUCUCCGGCAACCAGUACCUUACGGAUGCAUUGUUUAGCCGUUUUGUGAAAGCUGCUCCAGCUCUUGAACAUUUAAAUUUAUCGGGUUGCUCACUGCAAUUUCAUUUGGGAUUAGUAAAGAAAUUUUAUCCCAGUGGAACAAACAUAUUUGAGAAUCCAUCGGAGAGUGUGUUAACAUUUUACUUUGUAUUACAAUUUAUACUUUCUCAUGCUCAAAGUAUAAAAACUCUGCAGUUUUCAAGUACUCUAAUAGAUGGUGCUGCUUUAAAAUCAUUAUCAGAAGCCGUAAACCUUGAAUUAAAUACAUUGGAAGUCCAUUCUUGUGAUCAGCUGACUAAUACGGGUAUACUGGCUCUCACUACACAUCAGGUUACAUUAAAAGAGCUUGACAUAGGUUUAUGUACUAGAGUAACUGACCAAUCUUUAGUUCACAUUUGUAACAAUUUAAUUAAUCUAGAAAAUUUGAAUAUACAAAGAUGCAGAGCUGUUACUGACUUAGGUAUAUCGGAACUACACAAAUUAAAAAAAUUGAAGAUAUUAAAUAUUUCACAAUGCGAAUUGAUAACAAAAGAAGGACUUAGAAAAGGUAUCUGUGCUGAAGAGAAUACAGUUUUAGAAGAUUUAGAUAUACACUCAUUAAACUUGGAUCAAACUGGGGUUAUAAUGUUAUCAGAGAAGUUGCCAAAUUUGCGAUCGUUGGACUUAAGUUACUGUUUCAAUGCUGUAACAGACGCAUCUAUACAAGUUGUAUUUAAAAAUCAAGUUUUCUUACACACUUUGAAAAUCAGUCAUUGUGACAAAGUGUCAGAUGUAGGUUUAACUGGGAUGGGCAAGUUACAGCAAGAUGGUAAUGAUGAUUCACCGAUAAUGUCCAACUAUGAUGAAGCUCCAACACAUCAGAAAAUACAUUUAGGCUCAAGAGCUGAAGAAGAGAUAGUACGAGAUGCGAAUAGAAAAAAAAAUGUUAUGAAAAUGUGUGAAAAUAUAUUAACAAUGGAUUCAUUUACGGGUUACUCUUUGGCACGAUUAAAACAUCUUAGAGAACUAGAUAUGAGUGGUUGUAAUAGAAUGACUGAUGUAAGUUUAAGAUAUGCGUUUAACUUCAAAGAGUUAGUCAAUCUGAACUUCAGUAGAUGCCAACAAAUAACUCAUGAAGGCGUUGGACAUUUGGUAAGAAACUGUCCGAGUAUAGAAUAUUUCAAUUUAACUGAUUGCUAUAAUUUAAAGGACGAUGCAGUUACGGAAAUCGUAAAAGGAUUAAGAAGAUUACAAACACUUGAAUUACGGGGUUGCAAUCAACUCACUGAUAGAUCAUUAGAGGCUAUUAGAACACAUUGUGAGAAGCUCAAGUUUCUAGAUGUCCAAGGCUGCAGAUAUAUGUCUCCGGAGCUUGCCUGUGCUAUCGGAGCCCUGCCAACACUGCAUACCGUGCUCAUGACUAAGCCGGGACCGUAUAUCACGGAAUCUGUCAAGAACAGAUCACCAGCACCAACAUUUUUACCAUCAUUGAUGAGGAAGCUACGCUUACAUUGAACUGUGAUAGGACCUUUAAUUCAGCAGUCCAGUGAAUCUGUCUCACUUGUGCGACGUCUCGAGGCGGUGUAAAUGUACAUGAAUUAUAAAUUACUAUCAGUUGCCCGCGACUUCGUCUGCGCGGAUUUAACAAAAUCUAAUAAUAAAUGUGGGCUACAUCACCCAGUGAUAAUAAUAAGCUAAUAAAUAGCUUCCGUGCAUUCAAUGCAAUCAAACAAACACAAUCAAAUCUUUCCUCUUUUUUAUAAUAUUAGUAUAGAUUAUAUAAACAAUAUUUAUAACUUGACUUAUAAUUCUAAUUUAUAAUUGUAGCUAUCUAGCAUUACAAAAAUGAUGGUUUUAAAAAAAUCAUGAAAAUGAGUGCACCUAUGUAGCCACAAAUUUAACAAAACAUAGUAGGUCAAUUUUAGUCAUUCUUAAUUAAAAUAAAAAUAAAUAAAUGGGGUAUUAUUCUGUAUGAAAUAGAAAAGUAUACUAACCUGGAAUAUAAACUUCUCCGUUGUAUUUUACAAUAUAAAAUGUGUAUGUGUUGUAAACCGUGCGAUUCCACUGAAGAAAAGCAGUCCAUAUGUGUAAUAGGUUAGAAAAAAAUGUAUUACAUACCAUUGCAGACUUUCUGUUGGUGUGUAUUGAUAUCUAUUUUUAUAGGUGAACUUCUCAGGCCCUUUCUAGGGUCAGGCAAGCAAUUUGUGUUAAAUUGCAAUCAAAAUAUUUUGUUUGGAAUAUUAAUCAGUGAACAAAAGUGAUAACUUUAAGAUAAAAAAAUGUAUUUGUUUAAUUGUUGUUACUUUGUAUUUUUAUGUUAACAUUUAUUAUUUUGAGUUAUAAAAAGAUUAUUUACUGAUAUUUACAAUGAUUUGCAUUUGCUUAUUAAAAUUAUAACUCACUUGUUUUGGUAAGCAGUACUAAUAAUGCUUGUAACUUUGUAACGGUCAUAAUUUCGUUUAUGAAUUAUGCCGUUUUUUUUUCUAUGAUUGUGAUAUUUUAAUAAACUGUGAUAACAGUAUAUGUGGAGUGAUAAAUCAUAGUACAAUUAAAAAAUAUUUUGCUCUAACAAGACUUUUCAUUGAAAUUCAUGAUUAAAAGCCAGGCGCCUGUUGAGUAAAAAUAGCAAACUUGAUUACUAUGCAAAGUUUACUAAUUUUUUUUUAGAUCAUAUUUAAUCAGUGCGUUACACACAUUCAGAAAAACUCUAGCAAGGCAUAAUAAUCGACAUUCAAGAUGACUUUAGUAAGUGACAAAACGAUGAAUUGCAAGGUUCAAACGUCGGACGCACCAUUUUUGGUUCGUCAUUUAUUCCAAUAAUUACCUGUCACUUGUUACCUCUUGAUAAGUGAUAUUAAAGGUCAACAAAAUAAGGUAAACG